AUGUGGGGUGUCCUGGUCCCAGAAUUUCUCUUCGUGUCACUGCGCCGGCGGGAGGCCACAUACCAGCUCCUGAAGUCGGUCUGCGGACACCUGCAGGACAACAGCUGGAGCCCUUCAGCCUCUCUGAGCAAUGAGGAAAUCCUCGGGAAGCCUCUGACCUCAAGCCAGUCAGACCUGGAGCAGAGCACCCUGGAUCCCGACAGCCUGCAGGAGCUGCCAGAUGGGCCAAGCCUGGCGCCAGGGCAAGCGGAGGAGGAAGAUGAAGAGGCGGCAGCAGUGGUUCUGAGCAGCGGGGGACCCCACACUGCGCUACGGGCUCAGACCACCGCACAGCUGCACCCCCUCAACACCGUCAUCCUCAUCUACCUGCUGCUGAUGGUGGCCCUGCUGCUGUCCUCGGGGUACAUUGGUCUGCGCAUUGUGGAGCUGGAGCAGCAGCUGGCGGCCGUGGGGGCUUGGCCAGACCUCAACCUGCAGCACCAGUACAAGACUACGUGAGGGCAGGAAGGACCCAGCCAGCACCAGCCUUGGCCCGGGGGGUGUCUCGGGGGCUGCUCUGAGCCCUCCCUCCAUCUCACAGGGAACAACCGGGGGUGGGUGGGGGGUGUGUGUGUGCUCUAUCACCAAGUGCCUUCCAACCCCUCCCACAGUUCCAGGGGAGCCCACACAGGCUGUGGGGCAUCAUCUUGCUUCCCCCAUGACUCCCCACCCUGAGCAGCAGCACCAAGAGGAACCCCAAUAGUGCCCAGGGGGCAAAGAGAAGCGCCCAGGGGCUGGCUGGGGUCAGGCACCCACCCAGCUCCAGCCCCACCACCACCACGGAGGGUGGCAGACAGAGAGGAGCCCGGUGCCAGGCAAGGCAGGGGCAGACUAUUUUUUAAAUAAAUAAAGAUGUGACCCCCUUUGGGGGCACUUUGGACUUUGGGAGGGGGGCAUGUUGCCCCUUCCCUGAGGACACAUGCCUGCCUUUUUCCUUG